GACCUUUAUUUCAUCUUCUCAAUAUCAAUAAAUCAAGGAAAAUGGUAAUGAGAACAAAGAAAUUAAUCAAACUCAUGCAGAGACAAUUUCCAAGAUCUAUCUAGUAUUAAAAAUUUUUUUCGGCAUUCAGUAAUUAAGCAAAAAAGUAGAAAUAUUAAAAAAAUUAGCAGGUUAAAAUGAAUAGUUGACAAUUACUAAUGAUUGAACAAAAAAUUAAUCAUAGUUUUAAGUUUCAGUAAACUACUGAGACCUAUUAUUCCUUGAUCAAUUAAAAAGUGCCAUUGUUGACGCGACCUCAUCUUGACUUUUAAUUGCAUCCUAUUUUUAAGUGAUUACAACAAUUUCUUGCUUUACUUUUAUCGUUUGAAUAUUAAAUUUCUGUUUUUGUUUUCCUUUUAGCAGUGACGAGAUUACAUACAUAACAGGUUCAAAAAGAUCACGGCGGAUGCACAAAGCUUUUUUAAAAAUAACGACCCGAGAUGUUUGAAAACAUCAUUAAAAGUUCUUGUGCAACUUACAUCGUUUUAUUUCGUUGUCUCGGAGUCGCGUGCCCUUCACAGGCACGCAAUGCAGCAAAUUAAAAUAAAGGCAGAUGUUCGAUUAGCAAAAAUUAGCAUAAUAGUGACUGAAGUGUCAGACUGACUUCUUUCAGUAUGAAUGUAUUAAACGUUUCAAUAUAAACAGCAAACUUCUCGAGCUGAAUUGGGUGGCUAAUUAAUUUAGCACAAACGUGUAAGACCACUAGGAAAAGGUUUGGAAAAAAAUAGUUUGCUCCUAUGCCCUGUUUAACAGGUUUUAAUACGUGAGUCGCAACCCGGAAAGGAAGGAAAUUUCGCAUGAGAAACCUGAGAACUUAAACAUCGGAAAUGAAGUUUCUUAUCGUUUUAUUAAUUUUGGCUCCGAUCAUUCAUAAUCGAUGAAUUUCGCAGGCUUUUAGUCAGAGCAGGUGCAAUGCCGACGAUUUAAGACAAAACACAUUGGUGUUUUGAGCGGUCAAUAGCAUCGAUCGAUCGUUAUUUUAACCAAGCUUCUCAGCCUAUCUACAAGAACUGGAAAUAUUUAAAGGAAAAUGUGUUUAGGCAAAAACAUUAAUUCAUUAAUUUAAAACAUUAUUCAUUUUGGGCAUUUCCGAUUUGAAAAACAAAAAAGAGACAUUUGCCAAUGCAAACAAGACGAGAAAGCAAAGACGACUUUGGUAGGAUGAGUGAUGCACCAUUCAAUAUCUGCACUAUUGCCUUACACGUUGUUUUAUUCGUUGCUACUUGGUUUGGAAACAGCUUAGUCUGUGCUGCAAUAUGGCGUGUUAGAGCCCUGAGAACAGUAUCUAACAUGGUAAUUUUCAGUUUAGCCCUUGCUGAUUUGCUUAUGACGGCUGUAUUCAUGUAUCGAAUUAUCCAUCUUUCCAGCGGGGAGGAACUGCACUCCGCUUGUCACGCCUUUUCUGAAAUUGCCUUCAGCGACAUCUGUGUGAUCAUUCUACAUUUGACUGUAAUCAGCGUGGAUAGAUUCAUCGCCAUCAAAUUUCCACUACGCUACAAAACUUUAGUAACUCGCAAGAGGAUGAAGAUAACCCUGGCCUUCGUCUGGAUCUUUCCACUCAUAGGAACCGUUGCUUUUCCCCAUUUACUCCCUAAAGAAGCAUACGAAGCUUUCGUUGACUAUUACGACUCAUUUCAUUUGUGCAUCUCUUUCCACCACCACCAGUUCCAAAACACUUCGAAAAUCUUCGCAGCAAUUAUCAUUGUACUAUAUAUUUUUCUCCCAUGUGUUGUAACUCUUAGUGGUUAUAUUUACAUCAUAAAGGUGUCAAGAGACCAGCAGUUGAAACUUGAAAACCAAGCUCACUUGGAGAGAGAAACAAUGCGAAAAGUCGAAAUCAAAGUGGCAGUGACUUAUGGAAUAAUUAUUGGCGCGUUUAUGAUUUGUUUCCUACCGCUCUUAACUGGAACUCUGUACCAACAGUUCAAGGAAGAAGAAAGGAAAAACAUGACUCGGGCCAUGCAGAUUUUAUCCAUAUUAGCAUCGGUCAGCGCCUGCGUUAAUCCAGCGGUUUAUACCUGGAGAAAUCGAGAAUUCAGAAAAGCGUUCAAGAAAAUAAUUAGGAGAAAGAAUGACGAGAUGCAGAACUGACGAUAACAAUUUGUAAUAACCAUAUUGAUAUACUGAAAAGAAUUGGACGGAUUUUUGAAGCCAGUUCCACGGGCAUUUUAUGUAGCAAAACUGAGCCUGUGUGUGUGUCAGCAGUUGUUGCGUUACAACACGACGCCAGAUACAACAUCAGUGAUGUUAAAAAUUGCCUGCGCUUACAAAA